AUGUGUUGUAACUGCAGUGAACUCUCAUCCUCGCCCAUUCCCAACCGGCUAUCCGUCGACAGCUUAUCUCCUCGAGCGUUCCGUCAAGUCCACUCACCCUCCCCUACACGAACUACACAAAGCGUCUCACAGAACUCCAGUCGGUAUGCAAGCACAGACACAUUCACCGGCGUCUACGAUACCACCGGCGGUGUUAGUACCAGUCCAAAGGCGAGUCACAACCCCCUGCCUGGGCAUGACAGUGGAGAGGCGGCUCUAGGUAAGGCCGAUAGAGCUUUGGAUGGGGCGGACGAUAGCCCUGAACAAACGGAGACGGAGCUAGAGCGUACCUUACAGUUGAUUCAAAUCAGCCAAUCACUGCGCACCCUGGUAGACGGGCAGCCUAGUAUACCGUUGACUGACUACUCGGGGGAACGGACCCAGGCCAGCCAUGAACGGGCACAGACACACAGUGAGGAUAACACCCCCUCACACGGUGAUGGCACAGACAAGGAUCAGCGAGACCUGCUGAGGAGUGGUGAGUUGUUGAUUGGGGUGAGCGACUACAGCGAGAGUGUGACUGGCGUACAUGUGCGGGUACAAUCGCCCGAGGGAACAACAGAGACCGGGACCAUCACGUACAAAGACGUGGUGGUUGAGGGGGAGAGCCAGGCACCGGCAGAGAAUGGUAUAGACAGUCAGACGGAUAUACCGGCCACCCCAAGUGCACAAGCACACACCACCCCAUGCGCAAACACGCAUCUGAACGGGCUGGACUCCCCGGAGUGCCCGUCACGUACGAUGUCGCUCAAUAUUUCGGUCAAGAGAGGUGGGGAGAGUGAUGAUAGUAGUGCUAUGGGUGAGAGCCCCAUUGUACCGAAGGCCGGACGCAGUGUCAGUGUACUGGGACACCACGAGCGGAGUGGCUUCUCCGAGAGCAGCGCCUCGUCAAGAGAAGACCUGGCUGACCAAGUGUCAUCGCA